CAAAUUGAUAUAUGACAAUAUCUACUUUCGAUCACGUGUCCGCCAGGCGACUUAGACGGAUUGCGCGUCAUCUCGCCUUCCCAAAUUUUUCUCGAGUGCUGCAGCUCGUAUCCAAAACAUCUUUAUCGACGGAGCGCGAAAGAUGUUUAACUCUGUGAACCUGGGCAACUUCUGCUCCCAGACGCGCAAGGACCGGACAUCCGACUUUGGGGACAGGGCGGGCUGUGCGUCCAACCUUUACCUCCCCAGCUGCACCUACUACGUGCCCGAGUUCUCCGCCGUGUCGUCCUUCCUCCCGCAGGCCCCGUCCCGGCAGAUAAGCUACCCGUACUCCACGAACCUCUCCCAGCCGGUGCGGGAGGUGUCGUACGGUUUGGACGCGGCCAGCAAAUGGCAUCACCGGAGCAACUACGCGUCGUGCUACUCGGCCGGAGAGGAGCUGGUGCACCGGGACUGCCUCCCGCCCUCCACCAUGACAGAAAUGCUGAUGAAGAACGAGAGCGUGUACAGCCACCAUCACGCACAUCACCACCACCACCACCCGGGCUCCGGACACCCCUCCGCGGGCUUCUACUCCGGCGUGGCCAAAAACAACGUCCUCCCGCAGGGCUUCGACCGCUUUUUCGAGACGGCGUACUGUAGCAGCACGGACAAUCAGACGGACUCUUGUUUACAAAAGGCCGAGGCGGGGAAGCUGCAAGGCGGCGGCGGCGGUGGAGGAGGCGGUGUUGCAGCUAACGACCCCCAGCAGCAGCAGUCCGGCUCGGCAGGCUCUCUCCCGGCUGCCUCGGAUCAGGACAAAGACGCGGACGCGGACGACGAUGAUCCGGAUGAAGAGCACACCAACUCCGGUUCGUGCACGUCGUCCUCCGCAGCCACCAAGGAAGGCACCGGAAACAAGAGCAGCCACUCCAGCACCCCGCGCACAAGAAAGAAGAGGUGUCCCUAUUCCAAGUUCCAGAUCCGUGAGCUGGAGCGAGAGUUUUUCUUUAACGUUUACAUCAACAAGGAGAAACGUCUGCAGCUCUCCCGCAUGUUGAACCUCACCGACCGCCAGGUGAAGAUUUGGUUUCAAAAUAGACGAAUGAAGGAGAAGAAGCUGAGCAGGGACCGCCUGCAGUACUUCUCCGGGAACCCUUUGUUGUGAGUGUGGGCAUGCGAGGAGCGUGCAUUGUCACAGUCUCGGUCAGUGCCAAUUGUUCCACUCAAACUAUAGUAAACUGGGCUUCACAAAAAAACAACAAAAAAGGGGUGGGGUGUAAAAACCCACUGUAUCACCAACAGUGCAAUGUGGACUUUUUUUAAAGGGCCUGCAUGAGGUUGACAAAAAAAGUUGCCAUUUUCUUAUAUUGCGCACGGGUGGCGGUGAAUUUCUAGCUGGUUCUCAGAAAAUAGGCCUAUAAUUAUUGCAAAUAUUCACUGAUGCUGGUAUUGUCUCUUUUUAUGUUUAUUCCGAAUGUUUUUUGUUUAGUUUUUUUAUAUAAUGUAAUAACAAUAAUCCUUAUUGCGCGGACAUAUUUCCUCCCCCAGCUCUCUGGUCCAUGUAUAUAUCAUAUAAUUGUAAUUAUUUCUCGACCAGAAUAUACUAUAUAUAUAUAUAUGUAUAUAUACACACACACAUAUAUAUAAACAUUUUUCCAAGCUGCAAUAACAAAUGUGACGUCCAAUCUGUGAAAUUAUAACCUCCCACCCAACACACACACACACACACACACACACACACACACACACACACACACACACACACACACACACACACACACACACACACACACACACACACACACACACACACA